GCCAUUCAAAUUGAAGUUAUGUUUGCUCUAUUUGCAGACCAUGUUUGCUCUAAUUGCAGCAACUGGCCUCUUCUACACUUAAGCCGGGACCAUCUCGCUUAUGUAUAUAAAGACCUCUUCUCUUCCUCAAUUUCCCUUCCCUUCUUCUCAUCAAUAAUCUCAACAACAAACUUUCCACACAUACUUUUUUCAAAUAAACCCCUGAAGAUUUUCCAGACACAUCCUGAGUCAAAAAUUCACCUUUGUGGUGCAUGAUCCCAUCCCCUGAAAUCCUGGUGAGACUGAGUACAGUUUCAUCUCCGAUCUCCCAAUAUGUCUUUCGACCCCAAGAAAGCCAGAAAUGCACGUUCUGAAAAAGCUGCCUCUAACGCUCUACUCGCCAAACGACUCGAACAUGUUCUUUCUGCUACCGACUACACUCCAGUCAAUACGUCUUCAGACCCAAACUGUACUGAUUACGAUACUGCAUACCCUUCCAAUUACGAGAUGCAAUCCCAUAGACCCGAUGUCGAGAGAACUUAUGGUCUUUUUCGUUCUCUAGACAACCACGAAAACAAAUACAUUGGUACCAUUGGAAGAAAGGCUGAUUUGGGUAAUGCGACUCGUAUCAAUAUCCUCAGGUGCAACCCGCUACGUGAUCCUCCAUACCAAGGCAUCCGCUUUUUCUUACCACGCCGCGUCGACAAUGGCUACACUUAUCUUGAUACCAUCCCUCACGAGCAAUAUAUCGAGUUCCAUUUCCAUGCAGAUGAUUUCGACCUAUCUUACAUUGUGCUCGACGAAAAAGCAAGAAAAACAGUCCAAUCUUUGACUGCUUCGAAACUACCAGACGGACCACUCAUUUCAAUCAAAUUCGUUCUCAAAGCUCGAGGCUUUUCCGUUCAUGGAUUCAAUAAUGGCGCAUUCAUUUCAGAAAUGGACAGUUCCAAGCUUCUGCACGACCACAUCGCAUUGUGGAAGGACCAAGGUGAAUUCGAAUAUGUUACUAGUUUCUAUCCAUUCUGGGUACAAUACUUCGAUGUAACUGCUCAAAUGUUCGCGAAAUUCGGAUCUCCCCCCGGCUUCAAACAGUACUCAAAGAAUGGUUCGCCGGAUGGUAUGCCCAAGGUACAAUGGAAUGUAACUCAACUGUUGAAGAAACAAAACGAUCAACCAGCUAUGUUUCCAUACCCAGAUGUUUUUCCAGCAGUCAACCACUUCCCUUCUUGGAGCAAUUUUGCGGUACGUUAUUUUUUCGGAACUGUACAAGAACAUUUAUGGAUCAAUCAGUACUGUGAAGAGCUUCGAGAUACCCCUAUUCCCGCUAGGUGGUAUAAGAAACCAGGCUGCACGAAAACCUUUGCGAUCUCCUUAACAUUGCCACAGCUUUCCAUCGAUCGUGGAACUUUGUUAGCAGCCGAAUCCGAGUUGUAUGUCCAUUUCCGACCAAGAUCCGCAGAAGAACGCCAACCUAAGGGUGAUACGCACGGCUGGGAGGCAUUUGUCGAGCCAAACAACUUGAUUCAUCAUGAUGGGAAUGUUCUCUUAACAUGCUCACGUACCAUGCAUCAAAAUGAUGAUGAUACCAAGUUCAUUCUCGCAGAUGAGGCCCCAAAUGGUACAUUGUCUCCAACAAAACCCUUCAUUUUAGUUUAUCUUCGAGUUGCUGAAGCAGAAACUGCUGUCAAGGCUAGAGUUCGCGCUUUGAUUGAAUGGGAUCCAGAUCAUCCCAAUUCCUCGCCUUCCCCACCUUCCCCACCUCCCCCACCUUCCCCGCAUGAAUUUUUCCAGGGUAGUAGCCCGGGAUGUUCUAUACCUCUUGAAGAUGAUUUUGACAUUGAUAUGUCUGAUACCUUUACUAAGGUUGUGGUGGAAGAUACAGAUCCAGAUGUUGGUUUGUAUGGUGAUGAAGCUGAACAUGUGGUCGGUCCCGAUGCGGCAGACAAUGAUGAUGAUGAGCCUUCAUUUGGGCAGGUUGUCAUGGAAUCCCUUGGCUAUGGCCACAAACCUUCAACCAGGAUCGGUAAUCGAACAGCUAUUCGUCAAGUGCUUUUGGGCAAUGGUGUAUACGAUUCAAAUCAAUUCUUCCAUAAGAAUAUGACCUUUGAUUUAUCCAACAACAAUCUCAAUUUUGUAUUUGGAGGUGCAACAGAUAAACAGACCAUCAAAUUGAAAAGCAUCGUGGGUAAUGUCCCUAUGGGAAUUCUACCAGUCAUUGGACCACCUGGAACUGGGAAAACUAGUAUGACUAUUUCAUUCAUUCACUGCGCCAUUCUUGCUAAGAAGAAGACACUUAUUCUGAGCACCACGAACGCGGCAACAACUAAUAUCUUCAAGCGUAUGAUGGAGAAAUUAGAGGAUCCCGAAGUCUUGCAUGUACGACUUCACACAUCAAAUAUGGAAUUAUUGAAAUUUCGCACAUACGAUGUAACAAAGCCAUUCACCCAUCCCAACAACUUAGGUACACCUUCCAAGGUUUACAACUUUGAGGGCUCACUAGCAUAUAGAAUGCUCCAAGUCAUUGGUGUUAUUUCUUGCCAUGGUAAUUGUGUGUUGGAGAAUCUCAAGUAUAGGCAUACUCAACUCCUCGAUGUAGUAACAUUUCUUUCAGAAAAUCACAACAAGCCUGAAGUGAAGAGUACUUCAGAGCUUUCUGAGGCCCAAGAGAAAUUCAAUGCACUGUCAAAGGCCUGCGCAGUCGAUGUCUUGACGCAUUGCUCUACUGUAUCUGCAACUACUAUUGCGGCUGUAACACCGUGGUUAGCAUGGUAUCGCGCGGUUUUCGAGCUUCUAGUCAUUGAUGAAGCUGGCUGUGUCCCUCUACUAGAAGCUUUACUCCACAUCAAUCCUUUUGUUCGUAUACUUGUAGUUGGCGAUACCAAGCAAAUCUCUCCUUAUAUUGGAUCAAGUGCUGUUCGAUACGUCGAACCACCCAAAAGACGUGUUAACUCGUUUUCGGAUCAGCUCGGCCAGACAAUUUUACACAAUCUUCAGCAUAAUGGCUGGCCCUGUUUGUUCCUCGAUGAACAAUUGCGAACGGAACCAGGUCUGAGCAAGAUUACCUCGUCACUGAUCUAUGAUGGCCUCAUUUCAGAUUAUCAGAAACUAGUCUUGACGCAAUGGGGUAUCGGCUUCGAAAAAUACGCUCUACAGUAUCUUCGCGGUGAUAUGCUACCCUUCGAGCUUACACCAAGUCCGAAAGGGCUUCUAUACCCUGUUUUUGUUGAUAUGCGAAACACAUUCAGUCAUAAGCAAACCUUUGGUACUAGUCGUGGUAAUACAUAUACCGCAAACUAUGCUAUCAAAAUUUGUGUUGAUAUGUCGACCAGUAUUACAGGGCUCACCGAUGAGGAUCUUCUCAUCAUUACACCGUACAAGUAUCAGGUCGCUCUGUUAAUGAAGUCGAUUGCCAAAUUGGGCCGAAAGUUUCAAGUAUCAACCGCAGAUUCUUACCAAGGGAUGGAGGCCAAAAUGGUAAUAUUCGACACAGUCUGUGCUGCAUCACAGCGUCAAAUGCCAAAGUUUGGUGAUGACGUUAGCAGCCAUCUCCACAUCUUUGAUUUUAUCGCAGAUCCGCGGAGGUUUAAUAUGGGCUUGAGUCGAAUGAAAUCUGGUUUAAUCAUCCUGGCAGACUCUUUGAUUUUUAGUGACAUUAUUGUUACUGACUUAUGGAAGGACACAUAUUCUAUGCUGAAGAAAGAUGGCAGGGUCAUUGUGGUUGAUGGUUUGAAAGUUCACGGCUGGAAAUCUACAUUUGUUCCCACAGUUAGUCGAGAGAUCUAUUCCGAUAUGAAGAAGAGGCAAAUGCAAGCUUCAUCGAGGCGAAAGGAGCAAGUCCAGAGACAAUUUGGUCAGAGGUUUUCAUAGAAGCAUUAAAUAAGUAAAUAGUUUCAUUAGUUUCUACAUUAGUUCGUUUUUUUUAUAAAAUAAAGAUUUUUUCCUCA